AUAAAUUCACAUUUCUCAAUAUAAAAACACAACACCCUACCACACUUUUCACCAUAUUUCCUUCUCAUUUUCAUUCACUUAAUACUUUCAUGACAAAAAAAAAAUGUGGAGAUUAAAGAUAGCAGAAAGAGGCAAUGAUCCGUAUCUCUAUUCCACAAACAACUUUAUUGGGAGACAAAUAUGGGAGUUUGACCCGAACCAUGGAACCCCAGAAGACCGAGCCGCGGUCAAACAGGCUCAAACCGAGUUCUGGAACCAUCGACACCGGGUCAAGCCGAGUAGUGACAUCCUUUGGCGCAUGCAGUUUUUGAAAGAGAAGGAAUUCAAACAAACGAUACCUCAGGUGAAAAUAGAGGAUUCUGAAGAGAUAUCGUGUGAAAAAGCUACAACCACACUGAAGAGGUGUGUCAGCUUUUUCGCAGCCUUGCAGGCCAGUGAUGGUCACUGGCCUGCUGAAAAUGCAGGCCCACUGUAUUUCAUACAACCGUUGGUUAUCUGUCUGUAUAUUACCGGUCAUCUUGACAUUGUUUUUCGAGAAGAAUACCGUAAAGAAAUUCUACGGUAUUUAUAUUGCCAUCAGAAUGAAGAUGCGGGAUGGGGGUUUCACAUAGAAGGACAUAGCACGAUGUUUGGAACUACUUUAAGUUACAUUUGCAUGCGGCUUUUGGGAGAAGGUCUGGAUGGUGGUCUGAAUGGGGCAUGCACCAAAGCCCGCAAAUGGAUCUUGGAUCAUGGCAGUGUCACCACUAUCCCAUCGUGGGGUAAAACAUGGCUUUCUAUACUUGGUGUGUGCGAGUGGGCAGGAACUAACCCUAUGCCUCCAGAGUUCUGGAUCCUCCCUUCUUUUCUUCCUAUGUAUCCAGCGAAACUAUGGUGCUAUUGUCGGCUUGUAUACAUGCCAAUGUCGUAUCUCUAUGGAAAAAGAUUUGUAGGUCCUAUCACUCCUUUGAUUCUACAACUUAGAGAUGAACUUUACUCACAACCCUACAAUGAAAUCAAUUGGAAGAGUAUAAGGCAUUUGUGUGCAAAGGAAGAUUUAUACUAUCCUCAUCCGUUGCUACAAGAUUUAAUGUGGGAUAGUUUAUAUAUUUGCACUGAGCCUUUAUUAAAUCGUUGGCCAUUUAAUAAAUUAAGAAAGAAAGCAUUGGAGACAACAAUGAAACAUAUCCAUUAUGAAGAUGAGAAUAGUCGAUAUAUCACCAUUGGUUCAGUUGUAAAGGCGUUGUGUAUGCUUGCAUGUUGGGUUGAAGAUCCAAAUGGUGCUUGUUUCAAAAAGCAUCUUGCAAGAAUCCCUGAUUAUCUCUGGGUUGCUGAAGAUGGAAUGAAAAUGCAGAGUUUUGGAAGUCAAGGGUGGGAUGCUAGUUUAUCCAUCCAAGCUUUAUUAGCUACUGAUCUUACAGAAGAAAUUGGGACUACUUUGAUGAAAGGACAUGAAUUUAUUAAAGCUUCACAGGUUAAAGAUAAUCCUUCUGGAGAAUUUAAGAAAAUGCACAGACAUAUUUCAAAAGGGUCGUGGACUUUUUCAGAUCAAGAUCAUGGAUGGCAAGGUUCAGACACUACUGCUGAAGCAUUGAAGUGUUGUCUCCUACUCUCAACAAUGCCACCGGAAAUUGUUGGUGAAAAAAUGAAACCAGAGAAACUGCAAGAUGCUGUCAACAUAAUACUUUCUCUACAGAGCAAAAAUGGUGGGGUGGCAUCAUGGGAACCAUCAGGAUCAUCAGAAUGGUUGGAGAUUUUCAAUCCUACGGAGUUCUUUGCUCACAUUGUCAUUGAACACGAGUAUGUUGAGUGCACAUCAUCAGCAAUGCAAGCACUAGUUUUGUUUAAAAAGUUAUACCCUCAACAUAGAAGAAAAGAAAUAGAAGGUUUCCUUACUUGGAGAAAAUACAAAUGCAAGAGGGAUCAUGGUAUGGAAACUGGGGUGUGUGUUUUACAUAUGCUUGAAGAUGGUGGUUGGGGUGAAAGCUACAAAUCAUGUCCAGAAAAGAAAUACAUACCCCUUGAAGGAGGCAGAUCUAACUUGGUGCAUACUGCAUGGGCUAUGAUGGGAUUGAUUCAUUCUCAACAGAUGGAAACAGAUUCAACACCCCUACACAAAGCAGCUAAGUUAUUGAUCAAUUCCCAGUUAGAAAACGGUGAUUUUCCACAACAGGAAAUAACUGGAGUCUUUAUGAAGAACUGCAUGUUGCACUAUGCAUUGUACAGGAAUAUAUACCCAAUGUGGGCCCUAGCUGAUUAUCGCAAGAAGGUGUUGCUAAUUGCUAAAGAUAUAAAGAAAUAAAACUGAAAAAGUUUUGAUGUAAUGAAACUUGUAACAUAUUAAGAUUGUUUAAAAUUAAUGUAGCUUUCAGUGUUUGGAUAAUAAACACAUGCAAUGAAAAUUGAGAAAGCAGAUACAAAAGCUGAAAUAAAAGUAAUCAUAGAGACAAUUUUUGUAUGUUCCACAAUUCCUGAAGGUACUUCCCAUAAAAUAGAAGCAACAUUUGAUGACGUAAGACUGACAUCAUUGUCAUUGGUUGAAAUUAAACAGCUUUUGUUAUGUGGGUCCCCUUCAAUAGUGCAUUGUAGAAACAAAUCAGGAGACCCAAAUUCGAUUCUUGUAUAACCAUAUUCACCCAAAGGUGCAUAACGCGCAUGUAAUGGAAGCUGAAUCUUGAGAUCCCAAUUGUUCUUGUUUUUAGGGUUCAAAUCCAUGUGAAUUUCAAUAAUUGACCGAUUUGCCCUUAUGGUAGGUGAUUCUAGAUCAGUGUCCCCGAAUGCAGAAGCAUCAGUAAACACUGCAAAAAAAGAAGAGAAAAAGAACAUGGUUUAGCUUUUUGAGUACAAGAGUUAGUUGAAGGGUAUGAGUGUAAUUUACCACCACGUUGAGUAAGAUGUUGAAGCUCGAAUGGGUCAGCGAAUACUCCAGAGGGGAGUCUUUCAAUAACUAUGGCAUUACAGGAGAGUGAUGGGAGAUUAGAUGAAAUUUCUUGAUGGAUUUUGAUUUUAAUGGAAGAAGUUAGACGCCUGUGAGAACCUUCACCGAUUAAAUUUCGCCCUAAAAGUGAUAGUUUUGGGAUGAAAUUGUGUUUAGUUUGAAGCAUUUCACAGGAUCCAUGAGGGAGGUUAUUGGUUAUGAAAUCUUGGAAAAGGUGAUCGAUUAUGGUGUUGUGUUUAUGAAAGUAUGCUUCUGUGAUGUAUCUAUGGCUUCCCAACUGAUAAAGAGGAGCAAUUAAAGACGAAUUAUAUAUGAAAAUGGAAGGAAAUAGAAUUCUCUCACCUCAGAAGAAUAUGAAGAGGAAUGUGUGGAAUCGAUAAUACCAACAAGCAGAGACAAUACGAUUCCCAAUUUCAGAUGAUAGUCCAUGAAACAACUGGAAG